GCCCACAAUCGAGAAAAAUACAAGAUGGAGCACCCCACCAACUCCACCACAACAACAACAACAACAAUUGGCGCAGUUAAAGAAGAGGGCGUGGUAGUAGGUAGCAGCGCUGAAUCAGACAAAUGGGUGCAACAGCAUGAGCAGCAGCCAUUGAUGAUGCAAUCAGCUAAAACAGAGAGUGAGAAACAGAAUAUGAAAGUAAUGGUAGCGUUGGAUGAUAGUGAUGCUAGUUUUUACGCUCUUAAUUGGGCUCUUACCAAUCUUCUCAAACCUACUCCUCAUCGUCAGGAAACUUGCUUGCUUUAUCUGGUUAAUGUUCAACACUCCUUUACUAACUAUGUUUAUCCUGCUGGUCCUGGUUUGCAUACUGCUGCGUUUGCUGCAUCAUCUGUAGUAGAAUCGGUGAAGAAAGCACAAGCAGAAAUUUCAGCUGCAAUCCUUCAGCGUGGACUAUCUAUUUGUAAGAAUAACAUGGUUCGAGCUGAAACUUUAAUAAUUGAAGGAGAUCCAAAGGAGGAAAUUUGCAAAGCCGCAGAGCAAACACAUGUUGAUAUGCUAGUCAUGGGUAGUCGUGGUCUAGGCGGAAUCAAAAGGGCGUUUCUUGGAAGUGUAAGCGACUACUGCACACAUCAUGCGUGUUGCCCGGUUUUAAUUGUGAAGCCACCUAAAAGUCUCAAGUGAUGAACAAACAAACUUUAUACAUGUAAUUAAGUUAUUUUCGGAAAAUCUCAGCUUGUGUUAUGCUUUUGUUUUAGUUUGUUUUUGAUGAAUGAAGUUUCUAAGAUAAAGCAGAGGAAAUGUUUGUUGAUGAUUAAUGAAUAUAAAGCAAUAUUGAUCGU